CAUCCAUCCUUUUUUUAUUUCAGGUUUACGAGAGGCAUCUACAAUGUCUGUUUUGUCAUUCUGCUACUGCUCGUUGCUGCUUCGAAUGUCUUGGCACGUCCACAGCGGUAUGCACAUAUUGCUGUUAUCGAAAAUGACGCAUACGAAGAGUCCUUGCCCAAUGCGCUAAGAAAUCCCUUCUACAAGACGCCACGCGUACGUGAAGUGCUAGCCAAGUCAAGUUGGUUCGGACCAGGCGAGGAACCGGUCUACGAACGGCAGGCGGAGAAAAUACCACGCGCGGAGAUCUACAAUGUGCUCGCGCAUGCUGGAUUCAUUAGUCGAAGAGGAAAAUUAAUUUGAUUUGCAGAAGAAAUACAUAGAUGUUUUUAAAGGGCCAGAGGAGCCUAUCGACAAAAAUUUUUUUUUUUUAAUA